AUGACUGAUUCUAUUUGGAACGAUCUAUGCCAACAGCCAGUUAUUACAGCUUCCACCGAAAAAUACACAACGCUUGUGACGAAUGCAACAACACAAUUGAGGCAACCCAUUGACUCCAUCAUGACAACUCUCAAUGAGCGCGCCAUGGCGUUGUCAAAGUGUGCCAACUUCGAAGCUGCUCUUCGUGAUGCGAAUACCAUGCAACAACUCUCGCCUUCUUCACCAAUUGGUUACCUUUGUGAAGCCACCAUUUUCAAUGAACAAGGGAAAUGGCGUCAAGCAAUCGAUACCUGCAACAAGGGAUUCAAUGUUGUUGAUACAAACGACGCACACUACGCUAUGCUGCAGCGAGCCAAGGCUGAUGCUGAAGACAGUGCGAGCAAACGGAUCGACUUUAUCAAGGAACUUCCUGUUGACAUUGUUACUUCAACGCUCAUUCCAAUGCUGGUGGAUGACUUUUGUUUGGAAUCGCUGACACCGUGUCCCUAUCUGCAUGUGUCCCAUGUAUGGCGUGAUUCUAUACUUCAAUGUUCGGGUGAAUUACAUUUUCACACUAGCUACAGCGAGGAGGAAGAAGAUGUGGAAAAGUGUGCUCAAUUGGUGAGGUUUGCUCGACACAUCAACUCAUUGCACGUUCGACGAUACUCCAAGGGAACCUGGUUAUCCGAUUUAUUGAGACACAACGAGUUUUCUUCUUUGCGGGGCUUAAGCGUUAAUGGCAUUCCCAUCAGCAAUAUGGAUGACUUUGUUCGAGCAUUGGGAUGCGUCGGCGACACAUUGACUCAUUUGACAAUUCACGAGGGGGAUCACGGCAGGCUCUCCUUUGUCGACAUUCUCACCACCUGCUCCAAUCUGAAUUGGCUUACCAUAUCCCAGCACAAUGGUGGAGACUUUAGCUCCCUUCCAACAACAACAUGGCCCAAUAUCACAACAUUAUCGAUUGAAGUUACAGAAGAGUACCUUACUCGGGAUCAGAUCAUACGUAUUUGCAAGUGCUUCCCAUCACUGAAAAAGUUCCAACUCCAUCCAUGCCAAGGUGUGGGAUCCGCCCUUUUAAUCCCACAAUACUGCCCAUUGUUGACAAGCGUCGAAUUGGAGAUAUAUAUGUUCCUUGCGGGUGUCACGUACAUGAAUGAAGUCACUGGUUCUGAAUCGCUUACGAUGACCAAGUUUUCUGUCACCAUCGAGCACUUGGCAGGUAUCGGUUCUAUCCUAACACAACAUCAUACAUCAUUGGAGGCCAUUGAUUGGAAUAUCUACCAUGAAGAAGAUCAUGAAGAACUUCGCCACAUUCAGUACCCACGCCUCAAGAGAUUAUCAUUACACACUUCUGGAUCAUGGAUGCUUCACAAUGCGCCAAUAUUGGAAGAAUUGAACAUGUCAUCCAAGGCAAUCAAUGCGGACCCUGCCAUACUGGAUGCAAUACCACCUUGUUUGAGGAAACUCGAGUUCAAGUUUGGGGAUGGGAUCGAAUUUGACAACCAAGACGGCAUCGUGCAAUAUCUCCACCGCGUCUCCCAAAAAUGCCUGCUACUUGAAUUUGCUAUCACCUUCACCGACGCAAACUCCUUUCGAUGUGUACUUGAUGCAAUUCCUUGUUUGAGCAAGCUUGAACGUCUUAUUAUCAGUGUACGAGCAAAGUGGGAUGCAUACCAUAUGGAACGAUUCCUUGACAACCUCGUCAAUGGUUGCCCUCAUCUAUCCUGCCUUGACAUUGAUUGCGUGAAUGCUCCGCCGACCUAUUCCUUGGAUAGUUUGAAACGCCUUGAUCGUCUAAAACAACUUGCAUUUUCGAUUGAAGGCACAGAUGGCUAUGACAGCUUUUGGCAAGCGCUUCGAACCUUUUCGCAGCUCAAGUUGAUUCAAGUUUACCAUGCUACUCCACUCUACAAGUCCGUAAUUCGACAUCUCAAGCAGCAUAGACGUGACCUGAAGGUUAUCUUUGUAUGA